AUGCUCUAUAGCGCUUCAGAUGUCGAACGCGUUCCUACGGACUCCCGAAUCUGCGUCCUCCUGACCACCCUCUUUACCGUCCCUCCCGGCGGCGAUCCUGCCGAGCCGAGCCAGCGGUGCCCGCGCAAGACGUUUAUCUCGGCGAUCCUCGAGGGCUCUGGCCGCGGGCUGCAGGGCUCCUGGGAGGAGGUCGCAGAGCCCGUCUGCCUGCUCGAGGCGUACGAUCCCGCCCUGCCCUACGCGAUCCGGGUCGCAGCGGGCGCCGGCCGGGUCGCCCGGGACCCGGCGCUCCCUGCCUCGCACUACCUCUAUGCCGCACACAAGCAGGGCCUCUCCGUGGGCUGCCCACACUAUGUCCGGGGCUGCCUCCUCUACUGCGCAGUCUGCGGAGAGCGCUCUCUAUGCCGCUUCUGCCACGAUGCCUCCCACGACGACCACGAGUUCCCGCGGACCCGCACGGCAGAGGUCUUCUGUCUCUUCUGCCGCGCCACCGGCCCCAUCGGGCUCCGCUGCACACACUGCCAGAUGCCCUUCGGGACGCGCUACUGCGAGACGUGUCGCCUCAUCUGCGGAAUGGGCCGCGAGGGGCGUCCGAGCUUCCACUGCGCCCGCUGCGGGACGUGCCGGCAGGGCCUUCCGGGGUACUCGGAGCACUGCGAGCGUUGCGGGACAUGCCACACAGUCGCCCUUGGCCAGGUUCACGCGUGCGCGCCGGACCCCGGGAACUGCGUCUACUGCCUCGACGGCCUCCGGGACAACAUCUACCCGUACAUCGUCCUUCCCUGCGGGCGCCACUCGUGCCACCGCCACUGCUACGAGGCCGUCUUUCGCCUGGGUGGGGCGAACUACAAGUGCCCGGUCUGCCGCCGGCUCGUCCUCUUCGGGCAGGACAGGGAGCUCUACGAGGCGCGCCUGGAGGAGCUCCGGGGAUCGCUUGCGGUCCCGCCCGAGUACCGGGGCGUCUUCGUCGACUGCGCAUGCCACGAGUGCGGCGGGCUCUUUGUCGCCCGGCGCCACCACCUCUACCGCUGCCCGGGCUGUGGCUCCCACAACGCCGCCGAGCGCGGGCUCUUCAGAGGCGCCGCCGCAGACGCGCGCCGCGCAAUCGCGCUCCAGGCCCGCUCCGGGGCGUUUACUAGAACAGGGCGUCAAGGGCCGCCUCCAGCUGGACCUGGGAUUGAAUAUGACGACAAAUAA